ACGAAACAAGAGCAAAAGAUAGCUCUGUUUGACUUGUUAGUAAAAAUUCCGUUUAAAAUCAUUGCUCUGUCGAUAACAAGAAGAAGGACAUUUUUAAAAAACUGAAAACGGCUUGAUACUUUCUUUUAUGCGGCAGAAAAGGUACCCUUGGAACUAACUGUGACUUCGAGUUGCCCAAUCGUCGCAUCCACGGGUUUAAGAAGUAACCACGGUUUUUGUUCUUGCUGUCGAUAGUCACUGGGGCCGUCCCUUCUUCAGACGUCAUGAACGGAACUACAAUGGCUAGAAACUCUACCGAGAGUGAAGAAAAAAACAUCAAGCUUGUUAAUCUACCUUACAGCUGGACUAUUCUUAUUAUGAUCAUAAUGACCUUGGUUCUUGUUUUAACAAUCAUCGGAAAUAUUACCGUAAUGAUCGUCCUUCGUUACUCAAGGGCUCUCAACUCCUUCGUUAACUCUCACUUUUUAGUUUCUUUGUCGACUGCGGAUCUUCUUGUGGCCAUUCUGGUAAUGCCAGGCGCCCUGGACGCUGUUCACAGCGGUUGGUGGAGAUGUGGAAGAAUAUGGGGCAUAUGUAAUGGUUUUGGAAACUUUCUUUUUUGCAUUUCAUCUAUCAUGCACCUGAUGAUGCUUUCCAUAGAUCGAUACCUUGCAAUCGUUCGUCCACUAUUUUAUCCACUUGAAAUGACAAAGUCGCGCGCCAUUUGUUUGUGUUUUGUGUUGUGGAUAUACUCUGCCAUUUGGGCGUUCUUGCCGUUAUUCGGAGUGAGCUCGUACGAGUGCUUUAUUACCUACAUUGGCACAUGUAAGGCGGAGGAUUGGUCUAAGUAUGGGUUAAACUUUGCUUUUGCAAUUUCCGUUGUUUCAGGAACUUAUGGAUUAGCAUUGAUGAUGAUGGCAUUCGUAUACUGGAAGAUUGCGCGGGUAAUUCGAAGUCAACACCAACGCAUUGGAGAUGUUACACUAAGCUCUCAAAAGCAGCGAGUGAAUAACAGAGAGGCAAGGAAAUUAAAGAGAAAUAAGGGAUUAGCCACUUUAAUGAUAGUAACUUUAGUUUAUCUCAUAUGCUGGUCUCCCUUUUGUGUCUUGCUCUUCAUUGAGAUCGGAACAGGGCAAAAAGUUGAAGGACCUUACAGCACAGUGUCGAUGCUUGUAGGAUUUACGAACAGUUGCUGUAACCCUAUCAUCUACUCUAUAAAAUACCGGAGAUUUAGAAGAGCUGUGUUAAGCAUGAUUGGCAAGACUACCUCUGUGAUGAAAUUUUCAAUUAGCAAUGGUGGACUGACAUCUAUGGCUCAGGAAUACACUGCAAGGAGAGUUGAAACCAUAGGGAGAACAGGAUUGAGGUUAAGAAUUAAGAUGAAUUAAUUGAAAUAAAUGAUGGUAAAUAUACAAAAAAUUACAGCUGAGUAAAUAGUAAAGAUCACCCUCUGAUAGUAGUAGUUUUCAUCUACGACAAUGACCAUAGAUAAGUGUACGUAAUUACGACAUAGUUAAAUCGUAACAAAUUCUUAUCGAAGAAGAAUAUAAAUUUAACACGAAGGAGUUUGUGCUGGAUUGAUGCUCUCUCUUGAAUAAAGAAAGUGAAUCAAUAGCCACACAGGAACACUGGGAGAAGGGGAUUGAAACGGGGACCAAAAUUUCUAUUGUAAACUCCUAUAUGAAAUCAUUGCGCAGGCUUUUCCUCUUCCUUCUUCCUCUCCCUUUACUACCUCGCCAGUCUCAAUACUUAUGGGGUUCUUUAAACAAUAACAAGACCAGAUCGCAACACCGAGAGCUAUGUUCCCUAAUCUUUACGAGAAUUGCAUGAGUUCUAACCAGUGCAGACGAGAUGCAGGAGACGGGACCGACGGGUUAUCGUCCUUAAUUAUCCGAAGUUAGGGUAACCUAUACAUCAAGAAAACACUUCGUAUUUAACGGAAUUCAAUGGCAGUCCGCUAUAUGCGGCUUUAGUUAUACUGCUGUUAGCAAAAACUUUAGUUUUGUUUGGCCAUGGUCGAUCUAUGAGCUCCAUUUUUUCUUUUCCCCAUUUCAAACAGUCAGGUAAAACAAAUUAAAAAAUCAAUUAAAUAGGAAGGGCGCAACAAAAACGAUCAGAACUUAAAAUAGCAAGUAAAGGAAACAUCUGUAUCUGCCAUAUGGAACGACAAAAGGGUUCCUUUGCUGUUCACAUGUACACGACUUUCUAAAGUUUCCAAUUUCUGCAAAUGAAUUAAGAAAAGUCUGUCUAACAAUCGAUCGCCAACAGCACCCAAUAUUUCUCAAAUCAACGUCAAAACUAGUCGCGAUCGUAUCAUAGUGUCUGUCUUUUCGCUUUCACUUGCGUGUUUUCCAUUGUUUUAUUUUCCCCCUAUGGUUCCACCAUUUAAAAAUCGAUUGUAUGUAAAACCUGUGCUCCAUAUGCUUAAAAGACA